AAAUAUUUCCGGGCUCUAGCCCCGCCCUAGAAUGACGUCAACCAUGACAACUAUCACCUGAGGAGGAUGGAAGAGGAGUAGACGGAGUUAGAAGUUGGAAGUGUGUAGAAGUCUUUAAGUGAGUUGUUACGACUUUGAAAAACCAACAUGAGCACUAAGGUUUUUUGGACUUCCUUAGCUGUUCUCCAGUUGGUGGUAGCCUACCCACGGCAGGGUGUGAAGACGGGCCGGUCUAUUUCUUGCAAAAAAUACAUAGAAUACCCACACAAUGGCAUCUGCUGCGUGAAUUGUGAAGCCGGUCAGUAUGUGCAAAGCCCCUGCACUGAAACGGGCAAGAAGGGAACGUGUGAGGAGUGUGACUAUGGAACGUUCACGGAGCAUGCCAACGGACUGAAACAAUGCAUCAAGUGCACCCAGUGCCCUCCAGAUCAGGAAAUAGUUAGGGUGUGCUCUCACACCCAUGAUACGUUGUGCCAGUGCAAGCCGGGGAGGUACUGUCAUCCAGACGAAGCAUGUGAAAUAUGCAGGAAGUGUUCCAGAUGCAACAGUGAUGAGGAGGUGGUGAAGAACUGCACAUCUACCAGUAACACUGAAUGCAAGAAACGGCAGGGCAACUUCAGCCCAGAAGCAGCUCCUACUCUGACCACAGGACUGACUGUUUUUUUUGUGGUACUUGUUAUUGUUUUGGUCAUAAUUAUCUUGAUCUUCUGGGAGAAGAAAUGGAGAAGAGAAGAUUCCAACAAUUUCAACCAGUGUCUCCAGGGUUGUAUUUCAGUGAGAAAGCCACACAGCACCAGUCCAAGCACAUAUGCAAACAUGUAUCCUCAAAGAAAGGAGGAGAUAAUAAAUCUGUGUGAAAGCAAUUCCAGCUCUGCCAGGAGCUCUCAGCACAACCUAACUGACCCUGCUGAAACGCUCCCCUGUGAAGAUCCCAACAGGAGGGAAGAAGAGCCAUUCCCCACCCUCAUUCCUAAGAAUGGUGUUGAAUCUCUCUUGGCCUGCUUUGAAUUCUUUGAAGAGCUGAACGUGGACUUCCACCACAGGUUCUUCCGUAAGCUAAGCGUAGAAAAUAACGAGAUCAGAAGCAAAGAUCAUCUUUCUUAUGAAGACCGGAUCCAUUAUCUGCUGUCUUACUGGGUGGAGAAGAAGGGGAAAGAAGCCAAUCUAAACCACCUGCUGAGAGCUUUACUGGACUUGAACCAGAGACGAACAGCAGAGGAAAUCAUGAACAAAGCUAUUGAGAAGGGUUAUUUUGAAUUUGAGAGUUCGUCUAUGGGAGACGAUUAAAGGAGGAUAUUAAGUGUUUUUCAUUUUAUAGUACAGUGAACAAUGUUACUGUGAGUUGUGAAAAUGCUGUGAAUACCAAAUAUGUCUUCUAAGAAAUUUGACUUUGCAUCACAGCCGCAUCUUGAAACUGGUGCCUGUCUCUUUAAGAAGCUCCUAUCCUCUCAGUCUUCAGAAUAUUGUCUCUGAUUCCGUUUACUGCUCCCUCAGCAGAGUGCAAUACCACCAGAUGUUGCUAAUUGCUGCUGCCACUAGUCUGGUGGAGCUGUACUCUGCCUGGAAAUUAACUGUAGGAACUUCUGUCUCUCUGAUGAUGUUUUUAUAUCUGUAUAUUUAUGUUAUUGAGAAUCCAGACCGAACAGAAUGUUGUGUUCAGGGUGGUCAAUGUUACCGUUUUUUUAUUCCUCAUGUACAUUUUUAUAUUACAUGGUGAAUGAGGAUUUAAAGUGUUCCAUGAACAUUUAUUGAAAUGUGUCUGAUUUCAUGUAUUUAUGCACUGAAAACAGGUUUAAUUUAUUAUAUCAUCCUUUUUCAUCCCUGUUUUGUAUUAAAUGUUUCCCCAAUCAUGAGAUGCUUUUGCUAGGCUCGGAAUUAAUUUAUAUUUUGAGAUAUAAUUUAUUAUCCUCAGGGGUUCUUAAUAAUAGCAAAACAUUAUAGAAGAUCAAUUCUGAUUUUGUUCUGUUUGACAUUUGAUUGGAGUUUGCUGAAGUUUAAUGUACAUAUUUUUUAUCCACAUUUUCUAUGAAGUAAUGUUCUGUUUGUCAGCUGGUUCUGAUCAGAUGUCUGCUUCAGUCCAUUGUUUGAAUGUUUUACGUUCAUGUUUCAGUUUUGGUAACUUGCUGUUCAGCUCAUUGUGAUAUUAAGAUGAAAGAAACAAAAAUCA